AUGUGUAACACAUUAGGCAAGAAUGGGUUCACUCAGGGCAUGAUCUUGCCGACGGCCAACGGCAUGGUGCCGCUUCAGUCCUCCUCGCAGUCCAAGGCCAAGACGGACAAAACUCAGAUUUCAUCAUCGAGCAGCACAGCAGCGCCGCCGGUCAACACGGGCGUGAAGAUUCCCACGUGCAAGUUCAGCCUGACGGAAACGUUCCUCACCAGUCCAGCGGACCUCUUCAGGGUCUUUGUCAACCAGGAGAUGAUUCAGGCGUUCACACACGCUCCGGCCACGGUGGAGGGUGAGAAGGGAGGAAGGUUUCGACUGCUGGGUGGAAACGUUUUGGGGGAAUUCGUAGACUUGGUGCGAGAUCAGAAAAUAGUCAUGAAGUGGAGGUACAACAACUGGCCCUGUGAGCACUACGCCACGGUCACGCUGACGUUGGUGGACCGCAGCAGCGAGACGGAACUCCGCCUGGACUGUCGCGGAGUUCCGGACGACGACGAGGAUCGGACCAAGGACGGCUGGCGCAGGUUCUACUUCGAGGCCAUCAAACAGACUUUUGGCUACGGGGCGCGACUCUUCUGAGACCUCCUUUGAAUUUUGUCGGUUUGCUUUUUGACUCCUCAUCGUGAUCGGCGACAUCUUGACGCGAAGUCAGCGAGGACCGUUUGUAUUCUUUUGGUUUACUUUUGUCCCUCUUGAAUAUUUGUCGUUCAGAAGAACCUCACCAUAACCACUCGAGCAAAUUGGCCUCUACUUUGCACAAGUAAAAGAAUGGACUUUGCGUUUACCGAAGCAAACGAGCAGCUCUGGAAAAGUCAUUUUUGUUUGUUUCUUUGAGCGUAGCGCCGGCGCAUGUUGGUCUUCAAAGCCACGGCCGCAUCCAGUUGUGUAACGUCCCAGCUUUCAUCAAUGCAUCACCUGGGAAGCCAGCGUAGCAAACGGAAACAUUCCCGCUGCACAGAACAACCCCCGCCGCGGGGUUCAUCUAUUUAUACCUUUUCAUGCCGCCGAUGUGAUGCCAAACGAUCGGAAUAAACCAAUCACUGCGUGGC